GAGGGUUCUGUCCAUCAUCAGCUUCUUGUGAGCUUUCUAGGGCACACUGGUGACCGCUGUCUUUGAGAUUGUAGCCACUGUGGCCCAUUGAUCCUUGAUGCUGAUCUUCUGAAAACGUUGCAAGACCUGGGUGUAUGUUGUACUGAGUGAAUUGGUUCCCCAUGGAAAUGUUGGCUUUCUUCCUUAGUUUUGAUGCAUGCUUGUUGUUAAAGCUGAUCACUGUGCACACUGACUACAUUCCUAGAUAUUGAAUAUGAUCAGCACUGUAGCCUCCUUAAGGCUAGUCAGCUGAGUAUCUGAAUAUGGGAGAGAGAAGAGGUGCUGAUGUGUUGGGAUUUGGUAGGCAUUUUCGAGCAAGUCAUUCUUGCUGUUCUAGGUACCAUUGACCUUCAAUGAUGUCUCUGUCUACUUCAAUGAGCAGGAGUGGGGGAACCUGGAGGAGUGGCAGAAAGAGCUUUACAAGACUGUCAUGAGAAGCAACUAUGAGACCCUGGUUUCUCUGGACUAUGCUAUUUCAAAACCCAAGAUUCUGUCCCAGAUUGAACAAGGGGAGGAACCAUGUGUGAAGGACCUGGGAGACCCGGAGGGCAACGAAAUGUGUGCAGAUGUCAACAGCACAGAGCCUGUCAUUCCUGCUUGGAUUAAGCAAGAGGAGGAACAGUCCCUUGGGAACCUGCAGGAUUUGAUUUCAGUGCCACCAGAAACUGAGCUGCUGUGGGUUGGAGAAGGUAGCAGUUUCCCAGCAAAUGAAAUUUUUAAAAUGUAGCAGAGCACAAUGUGAAGUAACCUGUUUGAACAGACAUUGAACCAGGAUCUAAUCACUCUUUUAUCUAGAAUUGGAAAAUAUAAUUUGGGAUUGUAGUGACCUACCUCCCCUUCCUCUAAAGAGUUAACAGGAAGUGAAUCUUUGUCUUGACCAGUGUUCUCUCUAAUUCUUUUCAUCUCUGUGUGGAAUGAGUUUUAUUCUGGGCAGCAGUAUCAAGGCAGUGUGCGUGUACAUGCAUUCAAAGUGGAGCCUUCCUGAUUCAACCUGAGCGGGAUCUAAAAUUAUCUGAGUGGACAUUAAAAAAACUUGUUUGCGUGUGCAUGUGUGCAUGCCUUAGAGGGAACACUGGUUUUGAAUGACAGGCUGGUGAACUCCAGGGUGCAACCAAUCAGAACGCCAGCUGGGUGGGAUCUAGAGACCUGUUGCUGGGAAUUCUGGGAAGAAGAUAGGAAGUUCUGUGCAGGAGAAGCACAUGUUGAAAGGCUUAGUGAGGGGCAUGGAGUUUUUGCUCCCUCGCGGCAGAAGCCAGCAUGGAGGUUUCUUUCAUGGAAUAACUGCAGAUCCUGGAAAGACAGAAUUUCAGGAUGCUUGAUUCUCAGUAGGAGUUUUGGUGAGUUUUCAAGGAAAAGGGAAUUCAGCAUAGGGAACAGUUUUAGUCAGACAUUGUGUUAGGAAUUUAUAUUUAUUUGUGUGUGUGCUUUAUAUAUCCCUGAUACUGUUUUCUUAUUGUUUACCUGCAACAUAAUUAAAAUAAGAAAUGCUAGCCUAUGCUCAACCCAUCUAGGGUGUUGCAAAAGGCUCUGUAAACAUCUGAGCAUUCCUAAAAGCAGCCUUGCUGCAGUAGCAAGCUAAAAUCAGAACCUACCAAGUUGUCUGCUGGCAACCUGAUGUCCUUUGAGUACUUUGUUGUGGCCGCCAUCUUGGGGACUAUGUGUUUCUCUCUCCCAGUCCAGACUCUUAGGACACAUUUGGGGGAUGGGGAAUAAAAGUUCAAGCUGCAUUUGUGUGUGUGUGUGUGUGUGUGUGUGGUGUAUAUAAUGCCCAGAGCAAUUACAAUACUUCUGAUGUCAAGGAUGGAGUUGGAAUCUUCCUCAAGUUGCUUUCAUAGCUCACCAGGUCUCAGCUUAGUACUAUGCAACCACCUUGCUGGCAAGCAAGCCUCCUGCCCAACCCCGUGCCCCACUGGAAAUCUGGAAUGUAGAGUGGGAUGUCAAUUGUGCAUUUCUCUCCCCACCCCCCAUAUCCACUGGUCUCUGCUGUUUCUUCUUAAAAGUAUUAUUCAGCCCUUGGGAAAGGAAACUCCCUCUCUUUCCUCGUGCUCCUCUUAUACAUUUAUGAGAUUGCUACUCAGCCUGAGCUUUUGGUAUG